UUUAAAAUAUAUAUUUUUGAAUUUUGAAUGCUUUAGGAUCUCGCCAAUUAUGGCAAGUUAUUAAGUUCUAAAAAAAUCGUUCGUUAUUAUCCGUUUGUGUGCGUUUCUUGAAUCAUUUUUGGAGUGGGUUAUUGGUUCUUGGAAAGAAAGUGGUCUGUUGAUUUUUGACCGUUAGAAAGAGGAGAAGACGAAAGAAGUGUCCAGGUUAGCAAGACCCCCUUCCUUGUCAGAACUGGCUAUAAAAUACCACUGAUUUUAAUGAGCUACAAAUAACUGUUAUAGUUCAAGGUGCCCUGAUGAAGAAGUUAUUCUUUUUCAAAUCAUCAUCUUCUACUUCUUCUUCUUCUACCAAAAAUGGAAACAGCGGUUCUGGUACUCUGCUGCCAACUGAUAAGCAAGUUUACUGGGAUAUCCCAUUGGAAAUGGGGAUGAACAAUCAAAGCGGUGAUAAGGCUGAGAACAGUUUCCAGAGUUCAAAGCAAGUAUAUGAUAACUCUAGCUCCAGCACAAGUUCAUGUCUUAGAAGGAGCCGAUCAAUGUCAUCAGCUGCUUUCCUUGUUGAUGGAAUGCCGCAAAGUGAUUUUUCUUGCACAGCUGAUCAAAGUAGAUCUCCUUCUAGUAGCAUCACUGGUGCUGCUCAUCAGCAAUAUGAUCAUUCAACUCGGAGGCGGGCUCUAACUCCUGAGAGGCAAGCCAAAGCGAAGCGACAUGGAGUGGCUACAGUUCAAAAUGGAUAUGGACAAGAUAGGCCUGGUUCUUCCAGUUCUUCAGCAAACUCUACCUCUACUAAUGUCUCAAGUAAAGUUUUGGAUCUCUACAUUGAUGGAGAGCAGCAGCAGGAAAGGAGUAAGCCCAAAAACACUGCAUUUCGAAGAAAUUUGGCUCGGAAUGGAAAUGCUGGUAGAAGGCUUCCACCGCGAGUUCAAUACACAGCACCUGAGUCACCAACUGAUGGUGUCAAUGAUAAACCCAGGUCUCAAUCUUUUCGGGAUGCUAAAGGUUCCCGCCUUCGUUUCGUUUCCACAGAUUGGGUAGAGAAUGGAUUUGGUCAUGAAUCUCCACGGAGACUUGCAAAGAAUGUCAUCGAAAGACUCUCCCAAACUUCUUCCCAUAAAUCAAGUUCAAAAGAGUUUGACUGUGAUAUCCCAAUCACAAUUGAAGAUAUCUAUGGAGGAUCCAUGAAUAAAUGCACUGAUUCAAAUUUGGAUGUUCCUUCCCGAAGAAGUUACUCAUCAGAGGAACCUUAUGAAACCAUCGAUGAUUAUCGUGGAAAUGAUUUCACAGGCUUUCGGAAACAAAAUUGUUCAAUUGGAAACAAUGUUGGGGAUGUCAAGUUUAUUUCGUCUGAGGAUUCAUUAGAUGUAGAAUUACAGCAAAGAUCCAAAGCUGCUGAGGAGAGGGUCUUGCUUCUUUCUGAGGAACUUGACCAAGAAUGCUUUCUUCAUAAUAGUGGGUUUGAUGUGCCUUCAUUGAUUCAGACUAUUAGAAACUUAACAGAGGAUAAACUAAGCUUGGCUGUUGAGGUUUCAGGUCUUCUAAUGUCUCAAAUUGCUGAGAGAGAUAAUUCUAGGGAACAAAUUAGAUCAGCAAAGGCUGAAUCGGAGUCAUGUACGCGACGACUAGAGAAGGAGAAAAGCGAGUUGCAAUCGGCAUUAGAAAAAGAGUUAGACAGAAGGUCAAGUGACUGGUCAUUAAAGCUUGAGAAGUACCAAUUAGAAGAGCAGAGGCUGCGUGAGCGUGUUAGAGAACUUGCAGAGCAGAAUGUCUCUCUUCAGAGGGAAGUUUCUUCUUUUAAUGAGAGGGAAACAGAAAGCAAAAGUGUGAUAACAUAUUCAGAGCAACAACUUAGACAACUGACCUUAAGGGUGGAAGAGUUGAGCAAGGAGAAUCAUGAUCUGAGAGAACAUCUUUCUGAACUACAAGAUAAAUCCACCAUAGCAGAAGAAGAUUUUAAUUGCAUCAAAAGGAAUUUCGAAGAGAAGGAGAAGGAAUGCAAAGAGUUGCAGAAGUCUAUUGCAAGAUUGUCAAGGACCUGCAGUGAACAAGAGAAGACUAUUGAAGGGUUGCGGGAAGCAUUUAGUGAGGAAAAUGAGAAAAAGCAAACAUUGGGCAAGUUUGACAAGCACAUAAAAAAAUUGCAAAUGGAACAAAUGAGGUCGACUGGCAUAGAAUUGGCUUUAAGAAGGGAGGUGGAAUCUCAAAGGAUUGAAAUCGAUUCCCUUCGACAUGAGAAUAUUGGCUUAUUAAAUCGCUUAAAGGGCAGUGGGGAAGACAUUGGUGCUUUAACUUUAAAGCUAGAUAAAGAAAUGUGGACUCGUACAUCCUGUCUGCAAAAUCAAGGGAUAACGAUGCUAAAAGAGAGCACUCAACUAUGCAGCAAGUUAUUGGAAUUCAUCAAGGGGAAAACAGGCCAACUUCCAGAGCUGGGUAUAGAGCUUAUAAGAAAUGGUUUAGAUGGGCAGUUUGUUGUUGAAGCAGACAUUAAAAUUCAAGGCUUUAAGCGUGGAACAGAAAACCUCACAAGGAGUUUGCAGACAAUAUCUUCUUUGCUACAGGAGAAGUCCAGUCCGGUUACUUCAAAAUUUGAGUUGCCAUGCACUAAGGCUGAUGGUUCAGGGAAACUAAAUCAUCAAACUUCAGAGGAAACCUUGAAAUUUGAGCUUAAAGCAGAAACUUUGCUUACAAGUCUGUUAAGAGAGAAGCUGUACACUAAAGAGUUGGAAGUUGAACAGCUGCAGGCUGAACUGGCAGCAGCAGUGAGAGGUAAUGACAUCCUCCGAUGUGAGGUCCAAAAUGCAAUGGACAAUCUUUCUUGUGCCAGCCACAAGUUAAAAGACUUUGAACUUCAGAUGCAGAAGAAGGAUGAGAACAUAAGUCGGCUACAAAGUGAAUUCCAAGAAUGUAUGAAGGAACUGACAAUAAUAAAGGGUAUUCUACCCAAAGUUUCUGAGGAGAGAGACUUGAUGUGGGAGGAAGUGAAGCAAUACAAUGAGAGGAAUAUGCUUUUGAAUUCAGAGGUUAGCGCCUUAAAGAAGAAGAUAGAAGCUCUUGAUGAAGACAUUCUUCUCAAGGAAGGUCAAAUUACAAUUCUGAAAGACACUUUAGGCACCAGGCCUUUUGACCUCCUUGCCAGCCCUGAUUAUACAACAGAAGAAUUCUUGCUAAAAUGAUUUCCCAAUGAGCUGGGCUUUUUGGUAGGAUGUGUAAACAUUGUUGAUAGUCCUAUACUUAGAAAUUGUGCUACUUGAAGUUUCUAUAUACUGAAACUCUCUCUCUCUCUC